AUGGAUAACGGCUUGGUCGAUUAUUCCCCGCACAACCCGACGAAGGUGGAGAAGCUCAAUACUGCUUCUAAUGUCAUUCUAAUCGAUAAUUACGACUCAUUUACCUGGAAUGUCUACCAGUAUCUGGCUCUUGAAGGCGCUACAAUCACGGUCUAUCGCAAUGAUCAGGUCACGCUUGACGAAUUAAUUGCGAAGGCACCAACUCAAUUGGUCAUUAGCCCUGGCCCAGGCCACCCCGAUACCGAUGCAGGAAUCAGCAAAGCGGCAAUAAAGCAUUUCAGUGGAAAGAUCCCUGUUUUUGGUGUUUGCAUGGGACAUCAAUGCAUCAUCUCGGUGUUUGGCGGAAAGGUCGAUGUGACAGGCGAAAUCUUACACGGCAAAACUUCGGUGUUAAAGCACGAUUCCAAGGGAGUAUAUGAUGGACUGCCGGCAUCUUUGGAUGUCACCAGAUAUCAUUCUUUGGCAGGAACCCGGCCAACACUCCCAGACUCCCUCGAGGUUUCUUCUUGGGCCAAUCUGGAGGUUGGUGGGAAGCCCAUUAUCAUGGGAUGCAGACAUAAAGAAUAUACAACAGAAGGCGUUCAAUUCCACCCGGAAAGUAUUCUGACCGAGCAUGGACGGACGAUGUUCCGCAAUUUCCUGAAAUUGCAGGGCGGCAGCUGGAAAGAAACCCAGGGUACUUCUACAACCGAAACGAGCGAGAAGAAGACUGAGAAGAAGAAAAAUUCUAUAUUGGAAACAAUCUAUGCCCAUCGAAAGGCUACAGUAGCGGCUCAAAAACUGAUACCUUCACAAACACCGGAAGAUCUUCAGGCCACUUACGACCUUGGUAUAGCACCUCCGCAGAUAUCUCUCCCCGAACGGUUAAGACGGUCCCCAUAUAACCUCUCCCUAAUGGCUGAAAUCAAAAGAGCCUCUCCAUCUAAAGGAAUUAUUGCAGCCUCGGUCUGUGCGCCUGCGCAAGCAAGAAAAUAUGCCAUGGCAGGCGCAAGCGUUAUAUCUGUCUUGACGGAGCCUGAGUGGUUUAAGGGCAGUCUAGAUGACAUGCGUGCCGUGCGCCAAAGUCUUGAAGGGCUCCCAAAUCGUCCCGCAGUUCUUCGUAAAGAAUUCAUCUUCGAUGAAUACCAGAUUCUCGAAGCCCGCCUCGCUGGGGCAGAUACUGUGUUGCUCAUCGUCAAGAUGCUCAGCGUUGAGUUGUUGACAAGGCUUUAUAACUAUUCGAGAAGCUUAGGUAUGGAGCCAUUGGUCGAAGUAAACACGCCAGAAGAAAUGAAGAUCGCGGUUGAGCUUGGUUCACAGGUAAUCGGAGUUAAUAACCGCGAUCUGACAAGCUUUGAAGUCGACCUAGGCACGACAAGUCGCCUCAUGGACCAGGUUCCAGAAAACACUAUUGUUUGCGCAUUGAGCGGCAUCUCUGGGCCCAAGGACGUUGAAGCUUAUAAGAAAGAUGGCGUGAAAGCGAUCCUAGUUGGUGAGGCACUAAUGCGCGCCAAAGACACUGCAGCCUUUAUAUCUGAGCUACUUGGAGGUGGUAUCCAAAACAGUGAAACAGUGAAGCACUCGCCAUUGGUUAAGAUUUGCGGAACUCGAACCCCUGAAGCUGCUCGUGUGGCUAUUGAAGCCGGUGCCGACUUGAUCGGUAUCAUUCAGGUUGACGGCCGUAAACGACGUGUCUCAGACGAAGUUGCUUUGCAAAUCUCGGAAGUUGUAAAAAAUACGCCUCGUUCAUCAACAACCACUCCUGCUACCAGUUCAAAUCAAUCUCUCGAUUAUUUCGAACACUCAGCGAACUUGUUGCGACAUCCUACUCGUGCUCUCCUUGUUGGUGUUUUCGCUGGGCAGCCCCUCACCUAUAUAGUCGAACAACAGCGAAAAUUAGGACUUGAUGUUGUUCAACUGCAUGGUGAUGAGCCGUUAGAGUGGUCUCGUCUUAUUCCUGUUCCCGUGAUUCGCAAGUUUAGCCCUGGCGAGCCCGGUCUCGCUCGUCGAGCUUUCCACGCGCUCCCCCUGCUUGACUCUGGUCGUGGUGGAUCGGGAGAAAUGUUAGAUCUGUCAUCAGUGGCUAAAGAACUGGAUAACAACCCCGGCGUCGGAGUCCUUUUUGCUGGAGGAUUGAACCCUGAGAAUGUUGUCGAGACACUUAGCAAGCUAGGUAAAUCAGCCUCUAAGGUCGUUGGUGUUGAUGUCAGCAGCGGUGUGGAAACAGAUGGCGUUCAAGAUCUCCAGAAGAUUCGUGCUUUCGUUUCCGCAGCCAAAAGUACCUAA